UCUGGAGAAUAUUGAAUGAUAUAAUAUUAAAAUAUAAAUAUAAGAUGAUACUGUAUCUGGCAGCUUGUCUUUUGGCAGUGGCUUACUCCCAGGCUUGACCCCAAAUGGAAGAUAGAGUCACAAAGCUCAAGAAUUUCAAUACUAAAUACACUUUUCCCUGCUCUUAUUCAGGAUUUGUCAAUGUUGAUGAGGUGAAGGAUUCUAAUCUAUUACUCAAUGCUAUAUAAGUGUAUUAGGUCUUGGAAUGCUAUAGUGUAUUUACCUGGUGCGUUUUACAUUAAUUAAACAAUUUAGCACUUGGUGAUGUUCUUUUGAGUAAUCUUGGCUAUAUUAUAUUUGACUAUCUAUAGUUAUCAUUUCAAAGUAAAAAUCUUAAACUUUUCUUCGAGCAAAGAUAAGGUAAAAAAUGAAAGGUGAAGUGGCAAAUGUAUUGGAUACUUAGGCUAUUUUAAUAUUUGCUGAAAUGUUUAUACUUGAAAUACAUUUAGAAACUUUAAGUUUUAGUAUUAAAUCUUUUGGAUAAAUAUUUUAGAAAUUAAGAUUCAGUAUCAGAUAUAAAAAUGCUGUUUCUUUCAAAAUUUCCCACAAGAAUUUGUAAAUUAUCAAUGAAGAUUGC